GCGACGGGCAGGCCUGGCUCUACUGAGGACGACCUGCGGGGGAGGGGACCUGGCUUCUCCCUCCCCGCCAGGGUCCGGGGAGGAGGCUGCUCCAAACUGGGCUGCCGUCCUGCUCGCUGGGCAGGGGCGCUGUCUCUUUAAGGAGGAGGGUGCCUGGGUUGGCGGGGGUGGCUGUUAGUCUCUGCGGGCCCGGGCUCCAUCCCUUGCCGGGCUCGCGGGCCAAGGGGCCCUGUUCUAGCAAUGCUCUGGCUGGUGCACCUGGGCCCUCCUGCGGCGCAGCGCUCGCUGGGCUCUGGGGUGCUGCUCCAAGCUGCCGCGCGCAUCGUCCGGAGCAAGGUGGGCAGCGGCGGCGGGAGCAGCCCCGGAGCAGCAGCGGGGGCCCCGCCGUUCCUAGGCAGCCAGGUGCAGGCUGUCCCCGCUGGAGGCGAAGCUAGAGAGGCUCCGCACAAGAGGCAGCAUCGACCCAGCUUCCGACAGGGGUGCAGCUGGCUCGCCUUGGGGGUCCUGCGCCUGCAAAGCCCCCUCCGCCUCCUGCCCGCUGCUGCGCUGCUUGCCCCAGCCGAUCCUAGCCGCCGGGCCGGCUGCAGCGCGGCUAAGGCGGGUUAUCUGCCCCACCACAAGGACUUCGGCUACAAACAGCAGGUGCAAAAGGACGCCGAGUCCAGCCAUCUGCAGCCCCAGAUAACUCUGCAAGCAACUGCCAGCAACUUCCCCAGCAGCGGGAGCUCCGGGAAGGACACAAGUAGAUCCCCUGAAAAGGAAGUCACGGAUCCCAGUGAUGAAGAUGAGAAGAAACCCAACAAAUCCCAGCAACUGAAAAAAGUUUUUAAAGAAUAUGGCGCUGUAGGAGUUUCAUUCCACGUUGGAAUUUCGUUAAUGUCUUUGGGAAUAUUCUACCUGGCUGUUUCAAGUGGUGUGGACAUGACCGCAGUUCUCCUAAAACUUGGAUUCAAUGAAGCAUUGGUGCACUCCAAACUGGCUGCUGGUACAAGCACAUUUGUGUUGGCCUACGCUAUUCACAAAGUGUUUGCUCCAGUCCGAAUCAGCAUUACCUUAGUUUCUGUGCCAUUCCUUGUCCGAUAUUUCCGUAAGAUUGGUUUCUUCAAACCUCCUGCCUCAAACCCAUGAUUUAAAAAAAGAUUUCAAGAGUCAUGUUCAUAUAGCUUUUUGAAGUGCUGUGCAACUGCAGUUACCCUGUUUGGACUCAUGUUAGUACUGAUCUCAUCUUGCAUUUUUGACUUGUCUUUUCAGGUAAGUGUUUCUUUCGGGAAAAUGAUAUCCACUUUGCUUUCUUUCUGUUCCCUUGAGAACUUUGUUAAAAUGGUAUCUGAAAACUCCUGCAAGUGAUAACAUAAGCACUUACCUACCAAUGAGAAAACUGUUUAGAACAUAUCUUAGUAUAAUUUGUUGCUCUGAAAAGACACUCUUGCCAUGCUGUACUUCCAUACUUCUAAGUUGUAUGGAUGUAAGUUCACUGUCCUGGUUGGCUAGCAGCUUGCCCUACUGGAAUCUUAUUUAUACUAGAGUGCUGUAGACUAUUUGAGUGAGUGAAAUCCUGACUCCCCUGUAAUCAAUGGAAGUUUUGUUACUGACUUCAAGAGGACCACAAUUUCAGUCUGUGGGCAUGAUCCAAAGCCCAUUGAAGUCAGUGGCAAAACUCCGAUAGGCUUUGAUGUGGUGGAUCAGGCCCUGUAUUAGCAGACAUGUUUAUAACUGGAACCAAGCUGUAGCAUGUUCUCAACCCCUGCAGAAGCUCAUAUACAUUCCUGAAGUCCAUAUGCUAUAAUUUUGCAGACUGUUGUGUGCACCAGCUAGUUACUUGAUUCUUAUAUUAAACUAAG